CUCAAUAUAGUAAAGCAAAAAACAGUAAACUAAAGUUGAGAGAUGGCAGCAGUGAAGUUGCUUGGUCUAUGGUAUAGCCCUUUUAGUAAUAGAGUUGAGUGGGCUUUAAAGAUUAAGGGAGUGAAGUAUGAAUUUAUAGAAGAAGAUCUACAAAACAAGAGCCCUUUACUUCUUGAAUCUAACCCUGUUCACAAAAAAAUCCCAGUGCUAAUUCACAAUGGCAAGCCCAUUUGUGAGUCUAUGGUCAUUCUUGAAUACAUUGAUGAGGCAUUUGAAGGCCCUUCCAUCUUACCUAAAGACCCUUAUGACCGUGCUAUUGCUCGUUUUUGGGCUAAGUUCCUUGAAGAUAAGGAGGCAGCGGUGAUCAAUGCUUUCUUACGGAAAGGAGAAGAGCAAGAGAAAGGUAAAGAGGAAUUUUGUGAGAUGCUGAAAGUACUUGAUAAUGAGCUCAAGGAUAGGAAGUUCUUUGUGGGUGACAAAUUUGGGUUUGCUGAUAUGGCUGCAAAUUUUGUGGGACUUUGGGUAGGAGUUUUUGAAGAAGGCUCUAGAGUUGUUUUGGUGACAAGAGAAAAAUUCCCAAAUUUUUGUGCUUGGAGAGAUAAUUACAUUACUCAAAACAAGGAAUAUUUACCUCCAAGAGAUGAAUUGGUCGCCUAUUUCCAAGCUCGGUCACAAGCUGCUGCUGCUUCCAAAUGAACACCUCUAGUGAAUUUUAAGAUUUUGUGUGGCAAUAAGAAUUAGAGAUGGAUUUAGGAUGUGUUUUUAUGAGUUCAAUUGAAAUUAAGUUGAACUAGGUGUACUUAAGCAAAAAAAAAAAAAAAAAAUUGAAAAUAUAUGCAUGUUAUAGGAUCAUCUUUAUUUUAUUAGAAGUUAAUAUAAAUCCUGAAUUCACGUAUGAACAAAAGUAUUGUUAGGAAAAGCUGGCUUAGCCAGGUCAGGAAGUGCCUUCUGUUACUGUUUGGAUGGUUGGUCACUAAUUGAACAACAAUUAAUUAAAUACUCCAUUAAUUUUCUCAUCGA